AUGGUCCGCAAAUCGGAAGCGGCGACGUAUACCCACGGCCAUCAUGCGUCCGUCCUGCGCUCCCACACCUGGCGCACGGCCCAAAACUCGGCCGCCUACCUCUUGCCUCACCUCAAGGCCGGCAUGAAGAUUCUCGACAUCGGCUGCGGCCCCGGCACCAUCACCGUUGAUCUGGCUGCCUACGUGCCCGACGGCCACGUCACGGGGCUCGAACGGGCCGCCGACGUGCUCGUCAAGGCCCGCGAGCUCGCCGAGCAGAGGGGCCUGACAAACGUCGACUUUGUCCAAGGCGACGCCAACGCUCUCCACUUUGGCGACGACACCUUCGACGUCGUCUGCUGCCACCAAGUCCUCCAGCACGUCAACGACGCCGUCGGAGUUCUCAGGGAGAUGCGGCGGGUCGCCAAGCCGGGCGCCAUCGUCGCCGCCCGCGAGUCCGACUACGGCUCCUUCGCCUGGUACCCCGACCUCGAUGGCAUGGAAGACUGGCGCGCCCUCUAUCGGAAGCUGGCCAAGUUCAACGGCGGCGAACCCGACGCCGGCCGUAUGAUCCACGCCUGGGCCCGCGAAGCCGGCUUCGAUGCGGCGAGCAUGGCCUGCAGCUCCACGAGCUGGUGCUACAGCACCAAGGAUGAGAUUGAUUGGUGGUCGGGCCUGUGGGCCGAGAGAACCGUCGCUUCGGCCUUUGCCAAAACCGCCGUCGAGGGAGGCAUCGCCACCACCGAGGAGCUCGAGACGGUUGCCCGCGUGUGGAGACGAUGGGGAGAGCUGGAAAAUGCUUGGUUUUCCGUUCCCUCGGGCGAAGUCAUCUGUCGGAAAUAG